UGGGUCUGGAUGCUGCAGGUAAAACCACCCUGCUGUACAAACUGAAGCUGGGUGAGGUCGUGACCACGAUCCCAACUAUUGGGUUUAAUGUGGAGACUGUGGAGUAUAAGAACAUCAGCUUCACAGUUUGGGAUGUUGGUGGGCAGACGAUCAUCAGGCCGCUGUGGAGACAUUACUACGUUAACACACAGGGUUUGAUAUUUGUGGUCGACAGCAACGACCCGGAGAGGAUCAAAGAGGCAUCUGAGGAGCUGCACACACUGUUGCAGGAGGAUGAGCUGAAGGGCGUGGCCGUGCUGGUCUUUGCUAACAAGCAGGAUUUACCCAGAGCCAUGUUGGUCAGUGACAUCAUCGAGGCCCUGAGUUUAAAAGGAGUGUCACAGCCGGUAGGUGUCCCCAGCUUCUGCUGA